AUGUUGGUGAGAUACAGCAGCAGCUCAGAGGAGGACAACCAGGAGGAGACUGCUCCCAACAAAGAUGGUUCUCCUACGUGUGAAGAGGAAGAGGAAGGAGAGGAUGGCUGCCCGGUGAGGAAGAAACCCAGAGCUGAACCACAGGUCACCAAAACAAGGCUGCCUGUCCCUGGUUCCCUCAUGUCCAUGUUCCCAGAUGACGGUGAUCCAGAGACGGAGGACAGCUCCCACCACGGUGGACGGAUCCGCUCUUUCAGACACGAGAGAGGAAACUGGGCCACCUAUGUUUAUUUACCAUACCAUCCUGAGGAGGAGUUUGAGGAGGUGCUGGAGGAGCUGUUCUCCGCUGCGAGCGACGGGGUUGUGGAUUUGACCCAACAGGAGGAGUUCCACCUCAGCCUGUCUCAGACGGUGGUGCUGAGACACCACUGGAUCCAACCCUUUACACAGAGCCUCCGGGCAGACCUGGCCCACUGCAAAAAGUUAGUUUGCUCUGCGAGGAAACUGAAGGUCUAUUGUAACGCUGAGAAGACGAGGACGUUCUUGGGAAUAGAAGUGUGUUCUGGUCAAACUCAGCUGUUGGACGUGGUCCGAGUUGUGGACAGAACGAUGACAGAGUUUUGCCUGGACACUUUUUACAAGGAGCUGUCUUUCCAUGUGAGUCUGGCCUGGUGUGUCGGAGACAUGAGGGAGAAGAUGGAGGAAUGUAUUCAGAAGCUGCAGUGUGUGGUUGAUGAACGUGAAGAAGGACCGUUUCACCUGAGGUUGGACGGCGUGGAGCUGCGCUGCAGGACUGGAAACAAAACCUUCUGCUUCCCCCUGGAGCCGUAA